AUGGAGCAACUUGUUAACACCAAAGUGGAUGCGUUUUGGAGGGGGAUUGAGAUUGGUCAGCGGAGGGGUCAGAUAGUCGUAACAUUCUCUCAAAGGAUAGAGAAGAAGUCGUGGUUCACAGUUGGGGAAGAGCUUGUUCCAUGGGAGAAAUGGGUGAUCAACGCCGAGAUGCGCCAGAGGAACGAUAGCGAUUAUCACACAUUCCAAGUAACCCUCGCCAACACCUUGACGAAAACGCUGCAGACAAUGCUCACGCAUACGUCGUCUGAGCGAGGGAGGGCGGCUGUCCCACUGAUCACGAAUGCGACUGGAAUUUCUCCCUUUCCCAUCGACAUUACUGUGUGUUGA